CCUUUUAUCCUUACUUUGGCUCCAGUCCCCGUUAUCUGCAGCUGCACGCACGGCCAUGGCUUCCCUUCUCUCCCUAUCUUCCCCAAUCCCUUCCACUUCCAGUGGAGCAGUCUAUCCUCAACUCUGCUCCGCAUUCAAGGGAAAUGUGAGCAUUUUGAAAGCAAACCGAAGUCAAUUUCGAUGUUUAAAACUCAGCAACCAAAAACCCAGUUCAAGAACUUCAUUCACUGUAUUCAACCAAGCUCCAGUUUUAGCAGAUACUAUGACAGCUGCAGUCCGAUUCCGGCUCAAUAACUUAGGCCCUCAACCUGGGUCUACUAAGAACCGGAAGAGAAAGGGUAGGGGUCACUCGGCUGGGCAAGGGGGCAGCUGUGGGUUUGGGAUGCGAGGUCAGAAAUCAAGGUCUGGACCUGGAGUCCGAAAGGGGUUUGAAGGGGGCCAAAUGCCACUCUAUAGGAGAAUUCCCAAGCUCAGAGGCAUUGCUGGAGGUAUGCAUGCUGGACUACCAAAAUAUGUCCCAGUGAACUUGAAAGACAUAGAAGCUGCUGGAUUUAGUGAAGGGGAAGAGGUCUCUCUUGAAUCCUUGAAAGAGAGGGGCAUUAUAAACCCAUCUGGAAGAGAAAGGAGAUUACCAUUAAAGAUCUUAGGUGACGGUGAGCUUAGCGUGAAGCUAAGCUUGAAAGCCCGAGCCUUUUCAGAAUCAGCGAAGGAGAAGCUGGAGGCUGCCGGUUGUUCAUUGACUGUUCUACCAGGGCGAAAGAAGUGGGUGAAGCCAUCAGUCGCUAAGAACCUUGCCAGAGCGGAAGAAUAUUUUGCCAAGAAAAGAGCAGCCGCAGAAUCGGCCGACUCUUCUUCUUGAUGCAGCCUAUGUGAGUGAUGUAAUUAGGUCUUGUCAUUUUGUUCUCCAACUAUAAUUUCUUCCCUUGGUUGUAUUACGCUGAAUACUAUAUUCUGUUAAUUCUACAGAUUAGGCACGGUCUAAAUCUUAGAUAUGAGCAUAUUCCAGGUUUUCAAUCUUUCAUUUUAUAGGGAGGAAAUACCUUGUUUGAUUGCCAAUUGUCAUUUCAACGCUAGCUAUUAUUGGUAAAA